AUGGCUUCCCACCAGAGGUCGCCUUUCCUCGACUCGCACGGCACCAGCCGUGUAGACGGUCCCUAUGGAUCCGUGUCGCAGACCCCCAGCCGCAACUGCUCGCCCGUGAGCGACAGCGAGACAGAAGACGAUACGCAUCCGUUGCGCCGAGUGUCCGGCACGUCGAGAAGCGCCCGCUCGAGACGGUCCGCACUGUCCAAGACGUCCUCCCGCAUAUCGGAGGAGCUUGAUGGCGCCAUGCUCGUGUCAGGCCUCGAAGGCCGCUUUGGCAUGACCGAGGCUCCCAUAGCCAGCGGGAUCAUUGAGGAGGAUAUGAAGAGCGAUGCCUCGGACGUGCCACUCUUUGGCGAGGAGGACACUAUCCAAGACGACGAAUCCAUCGGUUCCUUCCACGACGCUGCCGAGAACUCACCCCACGAAGCAGUCCGGGCCUCAGUGCCCCCAACGGACGACACGACGCUAUCGAUCAAUACGCCGCGUAUGUGGUGCUUGUCCGUGCUUUUCUCGAUACUCGGAUCAUCCACCAACCUGUUCUUCUCCUUGCGAUACCCCAGCGUUGCCAUUACGCCCGUCAUUGCGCUCUUGCUCGUCCACCCAUUGGGCCACCUAUGGGACAUUAUAUUCAAAAGACCGCAUGAUAUCGGAGAGGAGUUUAUAGACGGGCAGCGUACGCCGUCUGUCUUGGAGCGGGACGACCCGCUGCGGCCAAGACAAAGGCCAACAUCGUGGCGUCUCUGGCUGGCCCAGGGGCGGUGGAAUGAGAAGGAGCAUACUUGCGUCUAUGUGAGCAGUAAUGUUGCUUUCGGAUUCGCAUUUGCUACCGAUGUGAUUGUCGAGCAGACAAAGUUCUACAAUCAAGAGGCGCCCAUUUUGUACCAGCUGCUCUUGACGAUAUCGACGCAGAUCCUGGGGUACGGUUUCGCGGGCCUGACGCGACGCUUCCUCGUCCGUCCCAGCGGCAUGAUCUGGCCCGGCACGCUCAUGUCGGCUGCCAUGUUCGGCACCCUCCACAAGCAGGACAACAAGCCUGCCAACGGCUGGAAGAUUAGCAGAUGGAAUUUCUUCUACGCAGUGUGGGCCGGAGCCUCCUCCUUCUACUUCUUGCCGGGUCUUCUCAUGCCAGCAUUGAGUUACUUCAACGUCGUCACCUGGUUUGCCCCCAAGAAUGUGGUCCUUGCGAACCUCUUCGGCGUCUCGUCGGGUCUCGGCUUGUUCCCCGUGACAUUUGACUGGGCGCAGAUCACAUACAUCGGGUCGCCAUUGUUGGUGCCCUUUUGGGCCGCGGUCAAUGUCAUAGGAGGACUUGCCGUGGUGAUGUGGAUCGUCGCCCCGAUCAUGUACUACACGAAUGUGCGCUAUACCUCGUACAUGCCCAUCAUCUCGACCGCCGUAUUCGACAAUACGGGGAGUCUAUACAACGUCACCAGGAUUCUGACGCCCGAGUUUGUCUUUGACCGCGAGGCCUACCAGGACUACAGCCGCGUCUUCCUGCCUGUUACGUACAUGCUGAGCUAUGGCGUGCAAUUUGCUGGCCUGGCUGCUCUCCUGACACAUACCGCAUGUUGGCACGGGCAGGAUAUCUGGAGGACGUGGAAGAAGGCACUGGCCGAAGCCCGUGAGGAGGGCAAGGAAGCUGCCUACCAGUCUCUGCCUGGCUCUGCAGACGGUGAAUCGCCCCGUGGUGAUGGACCGCGCUUGUCGCAAGCUUCCUCCCACGGCGACGGAGGGCUCAUGAGCCGAGAAGAUAUACACUGCCGCUUGAUGAAGAGAUACCGCGAUGUGCCCAUGACGUGGUAUCUGCUCACGUUUGUAUCCAUGGCUGCCAUUGGCAUGUUCAUCGUCGAAUACUACCCAGUCCACCUGCCCUGGUACGGCCUCCUGCUCUCUCUCGCCAUCGGCGCCAUCUUCUUCAUACCCAACGGCAUCAUCAUGGCCGUCACCAACCAGCACUCCUCCAUCUACCUCAUCUGCCAGCUGAUCUGCGGCGCCGUGUUCCCCGGUCGCCCCAUCGCCAACAUGGUCUUUGUCACCUACGGCUACAUCUCCUCUGCCCAAGGCAUCAAGUUCGCCUCGGACCUCAAGCUCGGCCACUACAUGAAGAUUCCCCCACGCACAAUGUUCACCGUCCAGGUCGUCGCCACACUGGUAUCGUCCGUCACGCAAAUCGCCGUCCUCAACUGGAUGUUUGCCAACGUCCGGGGUCUCUGCACGUCGGAGGCUGUGAACGGAUUCACCUGCCCCAUCGCCCGCGUCCAUUUCAACGGCUCUAUUCUGUGGGGUGUCGUGGGCGUGAAUGAGUUCUUUGGACCCAACGCCAUCUAUCGGGCGCUUGUCUGGUGUUUCCCGCUCGGUGCGAUCCUGCCCAUCCCGCUGUGGCUGUAUUCCAGAAACAAGAAGCGUUCCAUCAUUCGCAAGGUGAACCUACCCAUUAUCUUUGGCGCCAUGUCCUGGAUUCCGCCGGCGACGGGUCUCAACUUUUCCGUCUGGGCCCUGGUCUGUUACAUAUUCAACUACCACAUCAAGCGCCGCGCCAACGCUUGGUGGGCCAAAUACACAAUGACGCUCAGUGCGGCCCUAGACUCGGGCCUGGCGUUUGGCAUCCUCAUUGUGUUCUUUGGCUUCAUCUAUCCCGGCUGGAUGAGCAACUUCAGCUGGUGGGGGACAGAAGUAUACAAGCAAGGCUGCGAUUGGCAGGCCUGCUCCUACAGAACGGUCCCGGAGGGGGAGACCUUUGGUCCGGACAGGUGGUGA